AUGCAAGGCGAUUUUAUUGUGGCUGGAGACCUCAAUUCCAAAGCUUUGGAAUGGGGGGAGGCCAGGCCUAUCUCCAGAGGAAGACGAACGUUGGAGGUGGCGUCGAGACUGGAGCUAUCAGUACUCAACAAAGGAUCAACGUCAUCCUUCCGCAGGCCUGGCUAUAGGGAGACAAUCCCGGAUGUCUCUCUAGCCAACGAACACCAUGUGGCAAGAGUCGCAUGCUGGCAGGUGAUCGAGGAUUAUACCGGAGGCGAUCAUCAGUACAUUCCAUUCGAUCGCAGCGAACAUGCAGCUCAUCCAAAAGGCUUGUGCGACAGCGGUGCCAAAGAAUGGCACGAGACGGCAGAGACGCCCUGUAUAUUUGUGGGCGAACGAGAUUGCAGAUCUUCGCAGAAAGUGCUUAAGGCUACGCCGUUUAGCACAACGAGCGAAGAGACGCGACCACGACGCUGCUCUUUGGCUGCAGACUAUCAAGCGGCCAAGAAAGUCCUGAAGAGGACCAUCAAGGCCAGGCUACGACGGUGCUGGAAGGAGCUGUGCCUGGAUGUCGUCCAGAAUCCGUGGGGAUUAGGGUACUUCAUCGUCACACGCAAGCUGGGGACCAACACGCAAGUGUCCCCUCAGGACGCGAGGACGUUGGAUCACAUCGUGCAUACUCUAUUUCCCUCACAGCCGAAGAGAGAGAUCAGCUUGGAUGCGCCCUGCAUAAUCAAGGUACCGCAAUUCACGGAAGAAGAGCUACUCAGGUUCGUAUCUUCUAUGCGGAGCAAGAAAGCUCCAGGUCCAGACGGACUUCCAGCAGAAAUAAUCAAAGUCGUCGCGCAAAGUCAUCCUGAGCUCUUGCUGAACAUGUAUAACACGUGCCUCAGUGGGUGCAUCUUCCCCGCUCCAUGGAAGAAGGCGAGGCUUGUGCUCAUUAGCAAGGGCAAGGGUCCAGUAGGGGCAGCUUCAUCAUACAGGCCUACUUGUAUGCUCGAUACGGCUGAAAAUCUCCUGAAGAAGCUGCUAAUGCCAAGGCUACACGCAGCCGUGAAGGCAGCGCGGGAUGUUGCCGCCCGCCAGUACGGAUUUCGAUUUUGCCUCUCCACCAUCCACGCAGUCCUGGAGGUUGUCACGGCCGCUAAAAUGUUUGAGCGAGGAAAUCAUCGAACUCGGUCUUUGUGCCUGCUGGCCACCUUAGACGUGAGAAAUGCCUUCAACUCCGUCAGAUCGGACCUGGCAAGGGAAGCUCUAGAACUAUACAACACAAGUGAUGGUCCAAGAAGCUUGGAAUUGACAUCGGGGUCAGCCGUGGUCUCCAUACUGGGACCGGAUAUAUGGAAUAUAUUCUACUACGGUAUCUUCCGUAUGGCAGUCCCAGAAGGUACUUUCUUGGUUGGGUACGCAGAUGACAUUGCAGUUGUCAUAACGGUGGGGCAAGAGACACGGAGGGGCACAGUUGCUGCUCAACCAGAUCAUGCGGAGAGUUAUCUCCUGGAUGGAAGACCAUGGGCUAUCACUAGCAGCCCAGAAGGCAGAGAUCGAGCUAAUUACGAGGAAGCACAUCAACACAUUGCUCAGCUUCAUUGCGGCAAACGUAGUAGCCUUAAUGGGCAUGCUCAUGGCCAAUGUCAAUGGUCCCCGGCCGUGCAUGAGGAAUCUACUGAUGCGUGCCGCCGAAGCAGUAAUGUUGUACGGUGCAGAAGUAUGGGCCAAGGCGCUGCGAAAACAGGAAUAGAGCAAGCGCAUAGCCGCGGUACAGAGGAGGGGCGCCCUCCGAAUCGCGUGCUCUUACCGCACGGUCUCAGAGCCGGCAGUGAUAGUUGUCGCCGGUGUAAUCCCGAUCGAUCUAUUUGCCCAGGAGAGGAAAUUCGUCUACCAGCAAAGGUUUGUCCUGGGAAAGGAGAGAUCAUCAAGGCUCGCCAGGUCUAUCAGCAUCAAGGCCUGGCAAAGUAUCUGGGAGCAGUAACGUAG